CAUCAAGCUAAUUGGACAGACAUUUAAGGUAAACUAUUUAAAGCAAAUUCCCAUCCACUGUAUCCCAUUCGAGCGGGUGCUGUAGGCAGAAGUGUAUUAAUAGGACCCUUUAGGAUCAAACCCGAAUCGUUCCGACGUCGAGCUGCGAGCAGACGACAAUAUGACGAAAUUGGCUUUGGUUUUCGUGCUCUUUGCGGCCACAAGCCUCAUCGACGCCCAUGGCCCACCCUGCGCUGCCACCGACAACAACUGCAGAUGCACUCGUAUACUGGAAGGAGCCCUCCGAGGGGGAGGACUUGGACAUGGGGGCGGAGGACACGGGGGUCGAAAAAGCUGGGGAGGAGGAGGAGGAAGAUGGGGAGGAGAAGCAGGACAAUAUGGAGGAGGACGGAAGAAGAGGCAUGGUGGAAGAGGAGAAGGAAUGGGAGGACGAAGGGGCCAAGAUAUGACAGACUGCGCUAAUGAAGUCGGAGUUACAGUGCCUCCCAGGCCAGAAUGGGGAGUCACUCCGAAACCAGAGCUUCCUGAUGCAUUACGCAACUGCCUGAUCAGGAAGGGAUUGGAAAGGAACUCACUGCUGACUACCACAGGAGAGAUCAAGCAGACUGAAUUGGUCACAUCUCUGACGGGAAGUCUCACAAACAACAGAUGGGAUCCCCUGACUGCAGACCAAGUUACUGCUAUCACCAACGAAGUGCCUGCAUGUGACACAAGCACAAAGUCACAAACAAAUAAUUUCUUACUCUUCCAAAACUGCCUGGUGACGAAAUGCACUACGACCCUGACUGCUGGUUAAGGAUCCAUCCCGAAGACCUCCUAACUUCACGGGAUGACGCACCCAAUCCUCAGCAAAGAUUUGACCUCUCGAUGUUGAGGAAGAAAAAAUGUUACUGGAGAGAACAAACACAAAGCCAUCAACUUUGAAGACCCAGUUAUUUCAUGAAUAAAUUUUAUGCAUAUU